AUCGUUGGUGGCUUCUGGAGAAGCUAAAGACGGGCUUGGAGGCAAUGCUCCAAAAGCUGCGGCCAUGCCUAAAUUGACCUAUGACUGUCAAGUUGAAGAGUAUGCAAUUGCUCACGCAGCUAAAUGCCAGUUUCAACAUUCGGACGGUGCAUCAAGAGCAUACACCGGAGAAAACAUUUACAUGAGGAGUCCCGUUUACGAUAAAGUGAAGGCCGCCGAAGAUUCUUCGAGAGCGUGGUUCAGCGAGCUCGCGCAGAAAGGUGUGGGUACUAACCUUAUAUUGGAUCAAACAAUGUGGGGUAGAGGAGUUGGUCAUUACACUCAGAUGGUAUGGCAGUCUACGAAAGUCAUUGGCUGUGCCGUACAAGACUGUCCUGCCAUGUCUUUCGUUGUCUGCAAUUAUAAACCAGCCGGCAAUAUGAUGGGUAGUAUGUUGUACGAAACAGGAGCUCCAUGCUCAAAGUGUCCUCGUGGUUGCGAAAACAAUCUUUGCGUGGAUGAAGAGGCAUCAAAAGCACCGGAAUCAACAACAGCGAUGCCCCAAGGGACACCAGAAGCACCAAUAACGACAGCAGUGGUGACUCAAGGGACACCAGAAUCACCAAAACCAGUAGUGCCGAAACCAGCAUCAAAGAAUUCCAAGAACAAGAAGAAGAAGAAUAAGAAGAAGAAGAAG